CAUGCCCUCGCCACACCUAAAUACAUUCGAUUCGUCGACGAUGUCAGCAACACACUUCUCGUUCAGGUUUUAAAUUAGCGGUUCAUAACAUUAAAUGCGUGACUGAUGCUCGACUUAUUUAUAGCUUUCUUCCUCCUCUUCCUUUCGAGGGGAAUCGAGGCAAAUCAAAACGACAGCGAACCGUUCUGGGAUUACGGUGAUGUUGCAGGUCCAGAAAAAUGGAGAGCGCUCUAUCCUUCUUGCAACGGUAGUAGACAAUCACCAAUUGACUUACUCAGAAGUGAAAUUGUGACAGCUACUUCUUACGAAAGAAUUAAUUUUUUUGGAUACAAAACAGUGGUAAAAAAUGCUUACUUAGAAAAUAAUGGGCACACAGGUAAGUGAAAUUAUACUGGAAAAUUUUUUAA